AUAUGAUAUUUCAAAAAAAAAAACGAAAAUAGAGUUCAAACGAACGAAAAAAUAAUAAUUAAAAAACAAAAUCUCAUAGAAGUUCGUGAAUGGCAACGCCGUGAUUUUUGUUCAAUAGACCAUCUCUGUAGCUGUUGCCGGUUUCAUCGACCGGCGGCGGGACGACACAACACUAUAUUUCGCGCGUGGAACACACGCUCCUCAACGAUUGGCCACGACCUCUCACGCCGUACUCAUCGGUUUACAAUUCUCCUCCUCGACGGUGAACGUUCACUCUCUUGUCGGACAUUUUCCCCUCUGCGACUGAAUCCUUUGCUAGGGUUUUGGCCGAUUGUCAGAGAUAGAGAGAAGUAGUCGUGAGUUGUUGUUGGCCCAUUCUACGCACAUCGCAUCGAGCAGAAAAUGAAGCUCAAGAAGCAAUCUGUCACCGAGAAAGACAUUUCCACUCUCUUACGGAGGUACUCUCCGACGACGGUGCUGGCGUUGUUACAAGAAGUGGCACAAGUUCCAGAAACGAAGAUUGAUUGGAACGAGUUGGUUAAAAAUACUUCGACCGGGAUUUCAAAUCCUCGGGAAUAUCAGAUGCUAUGGCGGCAUUUGGCUUAUCGUCAUGCGUUGCUUGAUGAUUUGGAAGAUGAGAAAGCACCCUUGGACGAUGACAGUGACUUAGAGUGUGAUUUGGAGCCGUUUCCAUCAGUCAGCUGCGAAACUUUAACAGAGGCUGCGGCGUGUGUGAAGGUAUUUAUCUCUUCUGGUUUUCCAAGUGACUUGAAUGUUCCAAGCAGUAGCACAAUAGAGGCUCCAUUAACUAUUAGCCUACCUAGAAGUUACACGGAUGGAGUUCAGUUUGAAAAUGUAGACCCUGCUUGCUCUAUAAAAGGUGCAAUCAUCACAGUUCCUGUUUCUGUUCAACGACAGCCAGUCCUUACCCCACCAUCUGCUGAAGGAGUGAAUAAUAAUGGAUCAACAUAUGGCAACAAUGCUUCUCGAAGGAAAAGAAAACCUUGGUCAGAGGCAGAAGAUCUUGAGUUGAUGGCUGCAGUGAAGAAAUGUGGUGAAGGGAAUUGGGCAAACAUCUUACGUGGAGACUUCUUGAGCGAUAGAACUGCUUCACAGCUAUCUCAGAGAUGGGCAAUCAUUAAAAAGAAGCAUGGAAAUUUGAAUGUGGGAGCGAGCACUGCUGGUACCCAGCUAUCUGAGGUGCAGCUGGCGGCGCGUCAUGCAAUGUCCUUAGCUCUGGAUAGGCAUGUUGGUAGCCUGAAAGCACAUCGAAUAAGUGGCUCAGCCAGUACAAAUACAAUUGGUAAUGGUAGUUCCCUCACUGCUGUUGCCACUUCGGAACAAGUGCAAGAUAAAUUACAUCAAAGCCCUACUCAUGUGAAACCAUCUUCCAUUGUAUCGUCAAGUCUAACAGCUAAAGCUCAAGUUACCACAUCCAAGAAGAUGAUUCCCAAGUCUUCUUUCGAUUCAGACUGUAUUGUUAGAGCUGCUGCAGUUGCUGCUGGGGCUCGCAUCGCUUCACCAGCAGAUGCUGCAUCUCUACUCAAGGCUGCUCAGUCAAAGAAUGCGAUCCACAUCAUGGCCAAAGUCCCUGCUUCAACCAAGAUACCCACUCCUGGCAGGGGACCAAACCAUUUAGAAGCUCAUCCUAGUAUUAAGCUACCCACCCUAUCUAACACUCCUGCGGCCAUCCCAUCUCUGUCUCGUGGUGGCCCCGUGAAGAUCACGUCUCCAACAACUGCCACACUAUCAAGUGUGCCAACAGAACAAAAUACUGCUGUAGCCUCUCUCACGGCUGCUGCUGAUCCAUUGUCAGAAAAGGAGAUCAAGACAGUGGAAGAAAUUAGAGGCCGUGGUUUAGGUGGUGUGCAGGCCACAUCCCAGAAGAAUGAACAUUGUCUUUCCAAACAAUCGUUAUCUGGGAGAGUUCAAGAAGAAAAGCCAGCAGACAUGGGACUAGCUUUGAAAAGACAAGCUACUGAGACUAAUAAUUGUAGUAGUAGUUCACAAAACAUGCCGACAGCUGACGGCAAUAUUAAAGUUGAAACUUGCAAUCAGGCAGAAGAGAGACAAAACAGCAAUACCAGUACGGUUUCCAUUCCCUCAGAUCAGCAAGGAAUCAUGAAUCAGUCACAGGUUGAGAGAUCUAAACCGCAGGACAUGGACAUUGACGGUGAUGGAAAUGAUAGACCUAUCACGAAAAUAGACGGAUGUAAUGAAAAUUCAGGGCACAAGGAGGCUGCAAGUGAGAUUGUGGAAGGAAACACCAAGGUUAAGGGCUAAAUUUAUCCUACUCCAGAUGGUGGGAACAAAUUCUUCAGAUACGAUGCAUAGGCAUUCUCGACGAUUUUCCUGUCAAGUUUAUCAAGAAGCAUAGUCGAUUAACCCAUUUUCGAUUUGAACGUGAGGGGAUUCUUCUUUGCUAGAAGUGCACUGCUAUUCGUGUGAUAUGUUCCUUUACUUGCAUCCUGCAUCGUGAUCAUGGCAAAGCAGCAGCCAUUUGACCUGAAAAGAAAGGAAGGACAGCAGCAUAUAAUCAGAAAUAUCUUCUGUACCUGUAUUUAUUUUGAUUUGUUGUUAAACUCUUGUUUUAAGUGUGUUUCAAACUUCAAAUUCUUCUGCCUCAUGACUGAUCCAUGUCAAGGUCUGGACUCAGGGUUUGCCGUUCAUAUGCUAACAUGGCAAACUUGGUAUCAUUGCUUUGACUUGAGUUCAAAUUUAGGUACUUGUAUAUCAAAUGCGUUAUGGAAAAAAAAGAAAAAAAUUAAAGUGGAUUUGGGUACGCCUCUUGAAGCGUAUUCGGUUUCAUCUUUCAUUUAUAAUAA